AUGAGCAUUAUUUGCAUGAAGCACUGCUCGUCAUUGCUUCAGAGAUCAGUGGACUCACUUAACUUAUUACAAGGUCUCUCACACCGCGACGAAUCAGCUAGACAUGAAGCAGCUACAACUAUUCAACGAAUAUUUGAUUCGUGGUACUUCGGAUUCGGAAGCCCUGCCGUUGCGGGAUUCCUGGAAACUAUGGCCAACGAUACCGGUGGUGCCACACUUGAUACUUCGAUGCAUGGUCUUAUUACAGAGCAAAUCCCAGAUCUCUUAAGGAUUUCGUAUACUGGUCCAUCUUCUGAUAUACGGUCUGCUGCAAGAGAUAUUCUUCGUGACCUGAAGACAAAAAAGGGUUUCAGAAUACCAAAUAUCACUUCACUAUCGCCUAGUUUUAUUCUCCCACUAAAUGAAAUGGAACAUAUGAAGUGCCUAACGGAUGAACCAAAUGAAGGGGAUAUUCACUAUACUACUUACAUCCUAUUUCGGGAAUACUGGUUCCAAUGGGGACGCCUAAGCAAUUAUAUCAAUGUGAUGGGGUAUCACCCCGAAUAUCUUGAAUGCUUCAUGAAACUGAAGGACCACCUCUUCCGUGGUGAUUUACCAUUACCUUAUCCAGAUCGUUACUACUUGGCAAUCAUUGCAGCCGCUGAACAACGUUGUAUUUACUUGGUUCUUCUCUUUGUUCGUCAAUUUAUCAGUUCUGGUGGUCCCUUGUCUUGGUUGCAAGGCGUACAAUAUGGGCCGCCGAAAUGGCGCCAGUUAUGUGGUCUAAAUAGAGACCUUACUAAUCGUCCUUGGAAAAUUACAGCUGAUGAUAUAUACAACUUAACCCACGGUGGGGAUUCGAAUCCGUCCAAAGAAGCUUUGUCAUUAUCAGAAUUGAUGCAUGCUGUUGGUAUUUUGUCUCAGGUGCAUGCCUUAGCUUGUUUCAUAUUUGGUUGCGGAAUUCGUCCUGAGAUUGAUAAUUACGAUGGUUUGAUUAAUUUAAACGAGGGAAACAGUACUAAUCAUGACGAAAAGACUUAUGACAAUUAUGCACAUUCGUAUAGUCAAGUAAAUAAUGGAAAUCCUCCUAGUAAUCAUCAGGACCUUGAAACUAGAGACAAAUGCUUUUGUUCAAUCGAACCAUGGGAUAAUCGCGUUACGGAAAAUGGCAAUGCAAAUAGUCAGAACUCACAUACCGAUCAGUCUCUCGAUGAAGACAAAAAGUUAUCAGCAAGCAAAUUGCUGAAAAUCAUUCAGACAGAAGAUUCAACUUGGGAGGAAGUUGCAGAAGAUAUUGUCGCUGAACAAUUCCUAGCUGCAAUCAGAUCUAAUGUUCAGUUAGAUUCAGAAAACCUUUUCCCGUCUAGUGGUAUGAUGAAGCAUAUUGAAAAGCUAUCUCAUCAUCCACUUAUCUCUCGUUUCUUGGAUUCACCACAAUCUGGUUACAAAAACUUUGAUACUCGUCCAUUCCAUGUUGCAGAAUAUUCAUGGCAAGAGGAAGGCUCGGCUUUAGCCGAUCGUUUAUGUACAGAACUUGGCUCACUUUUGGACGAAAAAUUCCGUAAUGCAUAUGAUUUGACAUAUAACACUUUGAAUAGUAUAACAAACGUGGAUACUUCUCUCUAUCGUCGAACAGUGUGGAAUGAAGUUCAAAGUUUUUUUGGUAUUUGUCAUGACGACUUUCGUUAUGAUCGUGUAGAUCGUUUGCUUACUGUUUCACAACGUGCCUAUUUGAAACUAUGUGCCACUUUUCCAGUAGCCGUUUUUUCAGUUCAAACUCUCAAAUUUGAGAACAUUUUCCCAGCGCUAUCAUCUUCUGAAAUGAUUCAUGUUAUCCUUAUGGUUAUAGAAGCAAGGCAACAGGCUUGUUUACUGUAUGUUCUUCGGGCUAUUUCUGAAUGUCAGACUAGAAUAUCUUCCUACAUUGUCUGCAAUUCUUGA